GGGAAAGUGCUGUCGACCCUAAAACUGGGUUGAAAUGGCUGGAAAUGAGAAAUGGAUUUGAUUUCUAGUGGAUCAGUUAUUUGCUGGGUGUUGGAUAUUAUUAUUUAUUACUAUUGAUAUUAUGUGGGUUAAGUGGGUGCCAUAAGGUGAUUGUUGUGUUUCUUUGAUAACAUUUGGGGGGUCUCAUCUGUGGGUGCAUAGUGAUUGGGGUGCCUGUGUGGGUGCAUAGUGAUUGGGGUGCCUGUGUGGGUGCAUAGUGAUUGGGGUGCUUGUGUGGGUGCAUAGUGAUCAGGGUGCUUGUGUGGGUGCAUAGUGAUCAGGGUGCAUAGUGAUCAGGGUGCUGGUGUGGGUGCAUAAUGAUCAGGGUGCUGGUGUGGGUGCAUAGUGAUCAGGGUGCUGGUGUGGGUGCAUAGUGAUCAGGGUGCCUGAAUGGGUUACAGGAAGCCCUUCUGAUUGGGAGGGGGGGUAACAACCAUCAUUUCCUCCCCCCCCCCUUGCAGGCAGAGUUCAGUUGUGUUUGCAGAGAGAGGGGAGGGGGCGUGGCCCAGCUCUGGGUUAAUUUGCAUACUAAUAGGGGAUUAGCAUUUGUGAGCCCCCAGAGGCCCAUAUAUAUCCAGACUCCCAGCAAGAAGUCAGUCAUUCUGCAGCCACAGGCAAAGCAACUCACCUGCUCCUUCCAGAGACACUUGGACUAAUCUCCUGCACCCCCAGAGGAAACAUGUUACACAGCCCUGUGUUCCCCGCAUUUGGCCACCACCUGGCAGACUACCCAGCCAUGCCCCUCGCCACGGACUUGCCCAGGACCCCAAAAUCUUCCUUCAACAUUGACUCCAUCCUCUCCAGAACAGACAGACCUGCCUCCAAAGUCUCCAUGGAGAUGCCCAGCUGGCAGCCCCCUUCUCCCCCCUUCCACUACUCCUAUGGCAUGGUGCCCUACCCACCCAUGUGGCUCAUCAAACCCACAGUGGGCUACCCCAACAUGGCACAAGCGCAGCCAAUGAGGAUGCCCAGGGGAGAAUGUCUGUGCCCAGACCCUGCCUGUAAACACAGAGGAUUGUCCUACUCCCACUGCCCCAAUGGUGCCUUGAACCCCCUCUCAUGGAGGACAGGACCCUGCAAGUUAAAGAGGAUCCGCACAGUGUUCACCCCAGAGCAGCUGGAGAGGCUGGAGAAGGAGUUUCUCAAACAGCAAUACAUGGUUGGCACUGAAAGGGUGGACCUGGCAUCUACAUUGAACCUCACAGAAACACAGGUGAAAGUCUGGUUCCAGAACCGACGCAUCAAGUGGAGGAAGCAGAGUCUGGAGCAGAAGAAGGCCAAGUUGUCCCAAUUUGGGGUGAUCCUGGCCGACAGCUCAGAUCACACUGAUGACAGCAGAGAGACAGAGGAAGAGGAGGAUGAUGUAGAUGUGGAACUGUAGUCUAUUGAACAUAGACUAGAACUUGCUAAGCAUCAUGGGUAGUUUCAGCAAAACCCCCCCAAAAAGAGCACUACAGUCAAGAAGAUGGCAUUGGACUAAGCCAAAUACUUGGUGACUGAACAUUCAAAAAAAACCUCUGACUUUCCAUGGACAGUGAGGGUAGGGUUAAUUCUUCAUAAACGUCUCUUUAACCCAUUACUGGGGCACCUUACACGGCACUGAGCCAGCACUUGGGUGUAUUGGAUUAUGGACUGGAGAGAUCAGGGAAGAGGAUUGGGUGAUGCUGCACGGACAAUCCAUAGGCGCUGUACCUUUAAACUGGGCUUUGGGAGAGUGGUGGCUAUUGAGACUGGGGUGCCCCAGCCUGCCCUUGCAAUCUCUUUGAUCACAUUUUGGGUGCUGCUGAUAAUCAUCCAAGUUGAAAAUCCAAAUGUACUUUUUUUUUGCCUUAAUAUUUAUAGUAACUGUGUUACUUCCACAGUCCUGAUGCCUUGUACUGCGCCUCCCCCCCUGGCACUCAGUGGGCUAGUCCUCAGCCCUUCAUGCUCCUGUGUGUAUAUACUAUAUAUGUCAUGCCAUGGGGGUGUCUGCCAGCGCUCAGGAUACUGAUCAUAUGACUUUCUGUACAUGAAUGUAUUAUUUAUACUGAUGCUGUUUGUUACUUAUUUAUUGGAUCUGAUUUUUUAUAUAAAGAUUUUUUUUUCUAUUUUACAU